CUUGCAGGCCACCUCGACGUGGGCGGGCGGUGUGAGUGCGACCCGGAGGAAGCGCGUAUCCAGGCCCGCCUUCCAGACAUUCCAGAACGCUGGGUCGCAAUGUGGAGCGUUCGAAACGGCUUGGCCGCCGCCGCCACCUCCGUAGGAAAGCGGGCGAGUUUGCCUUGGCAGGGGCAGCGGCUUCCCGCUUUGGGAGGCCUUUCAGUGAUGACUUGCCCCAGCUGCUGCCAGGCUCUGCACUGCUCCAGACGACUCUGCCGAUCCACCAGUCAGCUGCUCAAGAAGUUCCUCGUUAAAAAAAAGAAGAAGUUUUGGUAUUCUAGUCCUACACUUGGCUCUCAAAUGCUAUCCAAACCAUCCAGCUUGACAAAUGCUUUAAAGCUUACACCUCCAAAGAUUAGGAAACAAGACAGCAUUCGUAAGAAAACUCUGAACGUUCUGCUGUUUCAUGCAGUGAGAGAUCUGCUGAGUACCCCUGACGCUGGCCAAGAACUUUAUGAUCUCAAUGUGGAAUUGUUUAAGGCAUCCCUCACAUCAGAUUUUUCAACAUGUCACAUAUAUUGGAAGAGUUCUGGCAACGCGGAACAGGAUGAACGUAUUCAGAAAGUUCUACAGAGGAAAGCAUCAUAUAUUAGACAUCUUCUUAUAUCAUAUCGUGUCCGGGUAAAUGUUCCUUCAAUAGUGUUUGUAAAGGACAAAGGGGAAGAUGCUGUAAGAGAGAUUGAGAAACUAUUGGCAAUUGCUGAUAUGGGGCCUGAAGAAGAAGAAAAUAAAUUAAUUCAGAAUGAUUUCAGUCAAGAAAGAUCCACCGUGGCUGAUACCCCUAUGGAUGCCAUCCCCACAAAUCUAUUUGGAAUUGAUCACAAAGCAUUAAAUAAGCAAAUAAUAGAAUACAAGAAAAUGAAAAAGGAUGAGCCAUGGGAAGGGACUUCGAUGUUAGAGUUGCAGUUGGCUGAGAUACGGCAACACCAAAAGAAGAUGAAAUGGAAGAAAGCUAGGAAAAUUUAUGAUGAUGAUGACCUUAAUCCUGAGGAAUAUUUGAUGGAUAGAUACAGUAAAGAAAAUUGGGACAGUGACGUUUUAUCUUCAGAGAAUGAGGAACUAGAGUAUAAACCAAAGGAAGAUGGCAAUGAAUUAGAAAAGGAAAAAUAGAACCAUCAACUUUAGGUGAAUUUGUAAAACUUUGGGUCAGUUUGAAGUAUCCCAUUACAAAACAUUCAGUCAAUGGAUUGUUGGAUUGAGAAUAUAUUGCAGAGCUGUGAAGUUUUCCUUACCAUUUCUCCUCCCAUCUAUGGAUUCCUUUCUCCUUUUCCUUAUUUGUAUAACCAUAGUUUGCUCUUAUAUUCCAACUUGGCAGCCUCUGGUUAGUUGUAUUAAAAUUUACUUGUAACCUGCUAUAACCCAUCUGGAAUCUUUUGAGUUGGGUGAGCUAUAAAAAGUGUAAAUCAAUAAAUAAACUUGUUUCAAGGUAUGGUC